AUGACCGAAAAGAAGUCACUGGCCGACCUGGCCGAUUCAAAGGAGCCGCUGCUGCCCCUGCCGACUCCCUCGUCCUCCUCCCCACCUCGCCAGACUCGGACGUCGCUUCUCAAGGCCGUCGUCGCUCUGUGCGCGCUGGGAUCGCUGUGGUACCAGUCUGGGCCUGCGAUCUCCACGGACGGACUCGCUCGCGGCGGAGACUGGCGUUCUCUCGCUCGUUUCGGUCAUGCAGGAUGCACGCACGGGAAGGGUCGUCUUGCGUGGCAGGCGACGAGGCUCAGCGAGAAGGACAUUCAGGACACUCUCUUGACGGUGCCAUCCGCGGACAGCGCGAAGAAUGCCUCACGAGCCUACACCGCUCAUGCUCACGUCGCCGGCACGCCAGAGGACCGCAACGUCGCUCUCCUCAUCAAAUCGCAAUGGGAGGACAUCCUCGGCGCUGACGCUGACCCGGAGAACAAGCGAGUCUUUGACGCCGGAACGGAUGCGAGUCGUGAGGCGCUACUCGGGCGCUCGAAGCACGGAAGGCACGGGCGACACGACAACAAGAAGCACAAGAAGCACAGGAAGAGUCUCGUCCGCAAGAUCCGCCGCUGGAUGGACAAGAUCGCUCGUCGCGCUCGACACGGCCACCCUCACGGAAAGAAGCGCCACGGCCAUAAAGGCCGCCGCGAGCCCCACCUUGAACGCCCGCGCGUCUGGACAGACACGUACUACUCGCUCCUGAACUACCCCGUCUCCGCCUCCCUCUCAAUCACGCCACCCGGCGCAUCCGAGCCGUCGUGGCGCGCCAAGCUGAAGGAGGAGGUUUUCAAGGAGGACCCGACGAGUGGCGAAGGACCCGGCAUUUGGCACGGUUUCAGCAAGAACGGCACGGCCAAGGGACAGCUCGUCUACGCCAGUCGCGGGACGAAGGAGGACUUUGAGCUGCUCAAGAGCAAGGGCGUCGACGUGAAGGGCAAGAUUGUCGCCGUCCAGUACGGCGGGUCGUUCCGCGGGCUUAAGGUCAAGGCUGCCGCGGAAGCAGGCGCUAUCGGCGUCGUCAUUUUCACCGACCCGAUCGAGGAUGGCGACAUCACGGCAUCAGCCGGUCACGCUGCCUACCCCGCCGGACCCGCCCGCGCACCGUCGAGCGUCCAGCGCGGCUCCGUCCAGUACCUCUCGCUCUACCCUGGCGACCCUCUCACGCCCGGCCAGCCGUCCUACAACCCCGACUUGCCGAACGCGCCCGACCGCCUCGACCGCGACGACCCAUCCGUCAAUGUCCCGACUAUCCCGUCGCUCCCCCUCUCGUACGAAGACGCGAUCCCGCUCCUCAAAAGCUUGAACGGAAAGGGCUUCAAGCUGGAGGAUGGAAGGGAGGGCAAGCCGGAGGGAUGGAGGGAAGGCGCUUUGCGCGAGUAUGGCGUCGAGUACUUCACUGGUCCUGGGGAGGACGAGAUUGAGCUCGUCAACAACGUCGACGACAAGAUUACCCCGAUCUGGAAUACCUACGCCCUCAUCCCCGGCCACAUCAAGGACGAAGUCGUCGUCAUCGGCAACCACCACGACGCCUGGACGUUCGGCGCCAGCGACCCCAACUCCGGCACCUCGUCCAUGCACGAGACCGUUCGAGCGUUUGGGGCCCUGCUUGAGAAGGGUUGGAAGCCGUUGCGCACGAUUCUCGUCGCUGCGUGGGACGCCGAGGAGUACGGCUUGAUCGGCUCGACCGAGUUUGGCGAAGACUUUGCGCCGUGGCUCAAGAAGAACGUCGUUGCGUACCUCAACGUGGACGUCAGCGUCUCCGGCCCUAUCUUCGAGCUCAACGCCUCUCCCUCCUUCGCCGAUCUCCUUCGCAACGUCUCAGCGCAAGUCCCGGACCCGAGCAGGGAGGGCAAGACGCUCGCUGACGUCUGGGAGAAUGGCGACGACGAGGAGGAAAUGACGGACGAUGAGGGUGAGAAGAAGUUGUUGCCCGUCGCGGCGCUCGGCUCGGGAAGCGACUUCACCGUCUUCUUGCAGCGCCUCGGCAUCGCUUCGGCCAACUUUGCCAUGCGUCGCAGCAAGAAGAGUCCUGUCUACCAUUACCACUCCAACUACGACAGCUUCCACUGGCAGUCCACGUUCGGCGAUCCGACGUACCAGCGCCACAUUGCCGUCUCGAAGGUACUUGGUCUGGCGGCGGUCAGGCUUGUGGACGACCUGGUGUUGCCAAUCAACGUGACCGCCUACGCCGUCGAGCUCGGCAAAUACGUCGACAAAGUCGCCUCUCUCCCUCUCGCAUCAUCCCUCGACUUCACCCGCCUCCGCUCCCUCACAAGCGCGAUCCUCCUUACCUCUCAACGUCUCGAAAGUAAGGGCAUCAAGGUCGCUCACGCAGUCAAGGAGAAGGGCGACAAGCGAGCGAUUCGCCAGCUGCGCGCGGUCAACAAGGCGAUCAAGGCGUUCGAGACGGGCUUCUUGGGUGAUGAGAAGGGCCUGAAGGGGCGCGAGUGGUAUAGGCAUCUGGGAGUCGCUCCCGGACGAUGGCUCGGAUACGGCGCAACGACCCUUCCCGGACUGGCCGAGGCGCUCACGCUCGACGAGGACGUCGAGCAGGCCAAGGUCGAGAUCAAUCGUCUCGAGAAGGCGUUCGGUACGAUCCUCAAGGGGCUCGUCAAGGGUGUCAAGGCGUAG